UAUAACGCAGAGUCGAUCCAGUAACGUGCACCGCYGGCGUGAUUUCUCGUCAACAACUGCUGCCAUGUCUUCCCAAGCCGAACAAACCGUGUCCGGAUUCGAGUGCCGCAACUGCGGGAAACUUUUUCACACACAGAGGAUCAUGCAGCACGAGAAAAUAUGCAUGGCCGUCUACGUCCCCCGACCGCAUUCGAUCGGGACGCCACCGGCGGACAUUCUUGUUUCCCGGGAAGCAUCGCCGAUCCCUCCGAGCGCACGGUUCGAAUUUCCCCUGAUGCUCUACGACAUGCUCGAAGACUGCACCUUUGACGAGGAUUACUGCAGGAUUGUGUCUUGGCAACCCCAUGGUUUGGCCUUCAAGAUCCACAGCAUAGAAGAACUCGAGAAAAUUCUGCACAAGUGGUUUCGGGAAAAAUACGAAUCGUUUCGCUGCCUCCUGGAACAAUGGGGGUUCGUAAAACUGAGCAGGGGAAAUGAUCGCGGGUGUUUCUACCAGAAAAAUUUCCGUCACCACUUGGCGUUGUCCCGAGCCCGCGAGAAAUACGCAAACAUCGAAAAAGACGAUUUUCUCAGAGGCAUGCCGCAAUACCUGCCCCGCCUUGAUGAACCAGAUUUGGAAAAGGAGUCAACCUUCGACAGCAUCAUAUCUACCAAAAAACGAAAAACAAAGAGCUUAUUUAGCCUCUUGAACGAGGAAAGCGCCAAAUCGGGAAAAAUUGCGAAGACUCUUCAUUUCAAUAAAAAUCUUUCUGAAUUAGCGAUUGARAAACCCAAGGUAAGCCAAAAGAAAGGAUUAAGGUACAAGGAAGWAAAUAAGAAGCAGUGCCGAUACUGUCACGGAAUGUUUCAUCCACAAGCUAUGUGGAAGCAUGAGAAGUUUUGUGCCACUCGAAUCCGCGAAAUARAGUGGAACKACAGAGACGACAACAAACACAGCAAAAGAUUUAGAAAGGAUGAAUUGACUUCCAGAGASAACAAGUCAGAUAGUAGUAGUAUGAAAGUUUCGUACAACGAAAGAUGUCCGAUAGCAAAGAAUGACGAURCCAAAAUUUACAAACGUUCGGCUCUGUCAGACGAGUCGUCCCUGUCAUCAAAUGACUCUGGUUGUCGAAUUUGCGGCUUUGAUGACGACCACGCUAAUCUUCUUUUGUGCGAAGGAUGUGAUACGGAACACCACAUAUACUGUCUGAACCCUCCGCUUGACAAAGUACCAGAAGGUGAYUGGUUUUGUGGUAAGUGAUUUCACAAUGGACACUGUGAACKCUUGUCUAUUAUUGCGAAGACCAUUUCUGACAAUAUUUUUUUGGKKAAACUCAAAUGAAGAUAAAUGCAAAGCGCGAAUGGAYAAAGCACAGAUURACGUAGAGAAAUUGAUGCAUAAAGUUCCCCCGGAAAUGCAAAAGAGAUUCGGAGAGAUAUGUUUUGCCAAAAGUGCGGAAAAUGCUCACUGGUGGCCUGCCCUGAUUUUUGAUCCUAGAUCCUUCCUUAACAACCUCGAAGUUGUCGAGUUGGUGCGAAAGAAUCUAGGGAAGAGAUAUCUUGUAUUCUUUUUCGAAAAUCAAGAUGCGUUUGCUGCCAUUCCGAAGAGAUGGAUCGUGACAUGGGAAGAAGGUGUAAAAAAGGAAUUCGAUCGGGGAAAAUCUGUUCGUCACGCAAGUAAAACUCGGAAAGAGAGAUUUCAGAGAGCAAUGAACCUCGCAAACCAAGCACUUGCAGAUAUUGCAGCCGCCGGAUAUUCGGAAUCUGAGACAGGAUUCGACUCUCAAUUUGAUAAUGACGAUGACGAAAACGCCGGGAAGAAAACGAACAAGGAUAUCCGGAAAACAGAACUAGAAAAUUCUACAAUUUUUGAUUUAGAUCCAGAUUUUGAUUGGAAGUCUUUAAGGGAACAAGCUUAUAGGGAGACCAUAAGUGCAAGCCCGUCACAAUACCCGACAGUGAUWAAGCCUGCUAUAAGGAAGAGGAUGAAAAAUAAGGGAAGGAGAAUCCGGGCGCAGCCAUACAUUGGAAAGMAACUGUGUUAUAUUGGAAGUUUUUCAGACGAACACAAAGCUGCCUUUGCUAUUGAAUGCUUCCUGAAGAAAAUGAAAUUAGCGUUCGAUGACUUAAAAAAUGGCGAUAGCUCUCUCGGUUCUCACUCCGAUUCUAACGACCCAACUGAUGGCGGCAAAAGAAGGUCCGAUCUUAAAUCUCGAGGAGGUUUUCAAUCGCCCUCAUCGGAAAUAUCAUCAAWGAAYGAACCCGUUGCCAAGGCAGCGGAUCCGUCGUCAUUUGGAACAUUCACGGAUAGGAAGCCUCCUAUGAGGCCACGGUUGCGACGGGYUGCAAAAAUAGCUUCCAAAACAUCAUUAAGUAAUGAAAUUGUGCAUCCUUCGGAAAUGUCAAAGAAAGUGGAAUCAAUAGAGAAGGACGCAGCCUCGCGGCCCCAAAAUUUGGAGCAUCUCGAAGAUGAUGAGAGGGAUGAAUUACUGUUGAACGCAUCCUUGUGUCACUAUUAUCUUCUACCAUUAUCACAAUUUUGAUGGUAUUUUGCAUGAGCAUCGUGAUGGGCAUUGAGAUCUCAAUGCUGAUCCCAUCUCUAGUAGGGUCCACAUAUGGUUCCAACGUUGCUACUGACUUCUCUCUAUUAACAAUCACUACCAGAAUACUAUUAGUAUUUCCUAUACAAAUUAGCAAAGG